GUUAAUCGCUGCUAUCCUCCAGACCAACAGGUGGCGCUAACGCACUGAUACGCUGGUAACAAGCGGCCCAAACAGGAAGUCAUCCAGCCACUCUACAGGCUGUUGUUGUGCUCUCGGUCUUCAGUGGAACAGCUUAAUGGCGGACGAGGAGGACGAGCCGGGCUUCGAGGAGGAGCUGGACGACGGCUCCGGGGGGUUGGACGCCGGUGGCCACGGCAGGAGGAAGAGGCUCUUUUCCAAGGAGCUCCGCUGCAUGAUGUACGGCUUCGGCGACGACCAGAACCCGUACACGGAGUCCGUGGACAUCCUGGAGGACCUGGUGAUCGAGUUCAUCACGGAGAUGACCCACAAAGCCAUGUCCAUCGGGCGGCAGGGACGCGUCCAGGUGGAGGACAUCGUUUUUCUCAUCCGCAAAGAUCCCAGGAAGUUUGCCCGCGUCAAAGACCUGCUCACCAUGAACGAGGAGCUCAAGAGAGCCCGGAAGGCUUUCGACGAGGCUAAUUAUGGCUCCUAAGAGCCGCUCACCUGGACACGUACUGCUGGACGCAUCCGAUCAGAAUGACCGCGUCUUUUCACGACUUUCUGUUUUCAUGUUGGUUUGUUCAACUUGACUUCCUAGACUAUUUUUUUUUCAAUGGCCUGGCAUCAUAGAUGCAUAACAAGCAAUGCAUAUGUCCCCACAAAUACGUCAUGUCAUUGUCUCUGAAACUGCUUAAAUAAAGUAAACCCCAAUUUGUUAUAAAUGA